AUGUCUUCACUGUUCAAACCAGCCAAACAAAAGAAGAAGACGAACUCAUCUGCUUCAGAUCCAUCGCUAUCUUCUGGUGCCCUUGAGGGCUCCAGUACCAACUCAAAGUACCACGCAGCCUGCGAUGAUCUGAUAGGCGCUACCAAACUGGUCAAGGCGAUGACCGAGGCGGCUUCAUUCCUCGGACCCCUGAAGUCUACGUGUGAAGUGGUGAUUCUGCUUUUGGAAAAGACCAAGGCGAUUAAUGAGAAUAUAGAGGGGCUCAGGACAUUAUCCAACACUCUCAAGUCCCAUAUCGAUAUGCUCGAGAAUUCAUGGCUCGUAUUACGGGAAAAACAGAUGGACCCACUACCGGUUGGACACCAGGACUUUAUUCAGGCACUAGAUGAAGGCCUCAAGACAACACUCAAGAAGGUUGAUCAAGCACUCAAGGAAAGAGAGAAGCACGCCAAAGGGCUUUUCAAGAAUGUUGGUUCUGCUCGCAUCGAACCCGGAAUACUCGCAGCAUAUCGAGAGGAGAUCACACGACACUCGAAUACGUUCAACAUCGCACGACUCGGUCCCGAAAAACCGCAACCAAUGGGAACCCAGCACGAGCUAUGCUUGAAGGGAACGCGGGAACCCAUUCUUCAAGAGAUUCGCGACUGGAGAGGCUCUCAAUCCGUGGAUAAGCGUAUAUUUUGGCUAUGCGAUAUAGGCGGCUCAGGAAAGUCCACUGUAGCGCGCACAAUGUCCCAUGAAUGGCGCAAUUCGGCGGACAUUCUGCUUGGACAGUUCUUCUUUUCGAAGAAUGCGAGGGACACGAUUGAUACAGAUAUAUUCUGCUCGACGCUCGCGGAUGACCUAGCAUCGAAGCACGCGGAAAUGAACACUGCAAUUGGUGAUGCACGCAAUGCCGAUUCCCUUUUGACCAAGCGGGAUUUCACGGAGCAAUUCAGCAAGCUCAUAUCAGAGCCCUUACGGUCGGUUUCGCAGGAUAUUGUUUUCGUGAUCGACGCAGUGGACGAGUGUAAACUGGAAUCGCGCAAACGACUGCUGCGAAUCCUGCUUCAGGAACUUCCUUCCUUACCAAAUCUCAAGAUUCUUCUCACCAGCCGUCCCGAGUCGGAUAUCGUCGAUCUCCUCCAGGGUAAGGCGGUGGUUCGCGGAAUACAGUUCGAGAUGCAAGGCUCCAAGAAUCAGUCGAACAUGGCAGACAUUA